AUGAAAUUUAAAGAAGAAGACUCGGCCAUGUUAGGAGCUGAAGAAGAAAAUCAAGCCGUGGCGGGAGUUAGAGAAGAAUCUAGUGAAAAUGUUUGGGAAGCUAGGUACUCGAACGUGCGGUUCAGCAAAAAUAUGACUAGCGAGGAAUUGUUGGAGAGUUUGAAAAGUUUGAUAGGACCAGGAGCAGAGGAUGAGAAAAAGCGAAGAGUGAUUAAGUGGACCCAGACGGAGAAGGGUCGGAGAAAGGCUGCCGAAAGCCACGCUCGUAAUAAGGAGAAGAAGAUCGAAAAGAUUAAAAGGUUCCAGAUGCGGAGGGAAAGUAACAUGGCGAAAAAUGCGCAGAGGGCUGAACGUAGGGAGAUUGCCGAUGCCAAACAUAGAUGGGACGCAGAACAUCCGGAAGAGGCAGCAAAGAGAAGAGAGAAUAAUAAAGGAGCGCGGAAGCGAGCAGCCCAGAAAGCAAAGAAGAGACUUCGAGCAGAAUUUCAGAAUGCCGGGGAGAUGGGGCCGUCGACUGCAACAGAUAGAUACAUGAUGAAGUCGGACGCUGCGCGUGGUGUAGGAGAGGAGGCUGUCGAGGCUGAUACUAUGAACGCAGAGAAGAUGGCUGGUGACGAUUACGAUGUUAACGCGAUGAAGGGUUUAGAUUUCUCUAAGAACUUAACAUUCAGUCUAGCUAUCAGGAAAAAAUAA